CAAUUUACAGGUACUGCUCCCCGCCACAAAAGAAAAAGCCCGCUGAUUAGCGGCUACUCUUGGCAGCCUGAAUUUCACCCAUGGCGUGCAUGCCACCGGCUUAAAAUAGAAACUCGGCGCCCCCUGGCUGCUUGGUGAUCCCUUCUUCUAGCUCGCUCACGUUGCCUGACGAAGCAAACGCGGCCCGUUUCGGGUGUUUUCGCUUUCACAGAUACAUGUGUCCUAUCACUGGGAAUAAGUAGCAACAGAGAAAAAAAACUUUCACUACGUAUGCACGCAUUUGCCGCUACCCGCCUGUCAUCGCCAGCCCCCACGCGAUAUUAGGUAACAGACGUAGCAUCGCGUUGCAAUAUGACACGAUCGGCAGUGUUUCUGGCGCCGCCAGCAAAGAAAAAGUUAGAUGGAUAGGGCUUGGUUUGGGCUUGCUAUACAUGUCUACAUAAUAUCAGCCCAACCAUGGCCCUCGCUUAGACGGGUUUUAAAAAAAUGGCCCCAUGCAAAAAAAGAUGCUUAGCUCGUCUUGGUGGUGAUGUCUAAGCCGAAACCUUGAUAUAGGACCACAGCAGGUUCCCGUGACAGGGCUAAGUUGCCCAAGAAACACCAAAGGUUAAAGGUUAAUAAAAUAACAUGUAAAAAUAAAAAUAAACAUAAACAUAAAAAUAAGAAGGAUGUUGAGUCACUUCUCUUCGUACGCAAUACGCCUACACACAACCACCAGGGAUUUGUGAUUCAAAAUGGGCAACUGGAACCCCGGAACAAUCAACCCAAACACCUCCCACCACGGGACUGGGCCAGACAAACACAUCAUAUUCACCAAUGUCGACACCGUCUUGGCCACAAUUGAGGCCGUCGCCGCUGCACGCCAAGACACACUCACUGUGGUCGGCGUAACGCCUCUCCAAUUUGCCAAGCUAGAAAAGGCACGCCACGAGAUGGGCGGCACUUUUCGAAUGUUCUACGUUGCCAAUGAGGGCGAGCUGGUUGUUACUGUACCUACUAAGCUGCACGAGGCCACCAGCGUCGCCAUCCACCGCGCCGUCGAGGACCGCAUGGAGGCCCUUGAUCUGACCAAGUAUUGGAAGUUCAUUGGUACCAUGACCCUGCGAUCUAACAGACAGGAUUCAUCUUCCCGUCAGGCAGAUGGUGGCGGCCAUCCGCUGCCCCGAAGCGUCAAUUGGCCCACGCUGGCUAUUACUAUUGGGACGACCCAGGCGCUGCCGGAUUUGCAGAAGCAGGUUGGUUGGUGGUUCACGCACUCGGAUCAUCUGGUGGAGAUGGUUCUUCUCGUUAAAGUGUAUGAGUCGCUGCGUCAGAUUCGUGUUGAGAAGUGGAUGGAGGACAAGUAUGGCCCGACGCUGUGCCAGACGUCUACCAUUGAUAUGACUAUGAAGGCGUAUCUGGCAGGGCCGGAGGAUGAGAUUCGCAAGAACCCGGAUUCUUAUAUUGUUAAUGGCGAUAUUGUGCUCGAGUAUGCCAAGUUGUUCCCGGGGAGAGUUAAGGAGGGCGAGAUGGAUGUCUUGUUGACUAAGAAUGUGCUUCGUCAGGUUGGUGUUGAGAUUUGGAGUCUGUAAUGGGUGGAAGGUGUUUUGUUUGGUGGAAAUAACUGUAGCGGUACAUUAAUACACUGAGGAAUAGCUUCAUAUU